AUGGCAUCCAACACUUCUCCACUCUUCUCCCGCCAUGAUCGAUCGUCCAACGCCUUGCGCGCUCUGUCGUUGAGCCUGUCGCCGCUCUCGCGAGCCGAUGGAUCAAGUCGUUUCGCUUUCGGCGAGUCGACGGCCUCACCAUCGGGAGGGUCUUUACAAGCUAACAAGUAUCGGAACACUCCGACUUCAAACAGGUGAUUUGUCUGCACUCGCUUCCAUCACGGGGCCGACCGAGGUGCGGCUGCGCGACGAGCUCGUCGAUCGAGCCUAUCUCGAGAUCCAUCUACGACCGAGCAACGCAUUACCAGGUCAGUGGUCACCCAUAUCACGAAGAAACCACCCGCAACUCAUGCUCGUACUCACUCCCUCGUAGGCCCCGCGUCCAAGUCACACGAGGCGAUCCUGCGCUCGUUGCUCUCACCGCUGAUCCAGCUGCACCAGUACCCACGCUCCUUGAUCCAAUUGACUCUACAAACCCUAUCAGCCCCCUCGAUCUCGUUCCAAACGACCAUCGACCCCUCCGUACCUUCGCCUUCAUCCUCGUCCUCAGCCACUCUGAUCGGAGCGAGCGAACUCUCAGCCCUGAUCAACGCCUCGACCGGCGCCUUGCUCGACGCGGGCAUCAACCUCAAAGGCAUGCUCUUCUCCAUAGCCGUCGCGUUCCUACCCCUCGGAAACCACUCCACUGAGAACCCAAGACAGUCGAGCAAAGAGAUGCGGUUGGACCCGACCCCGAUGGAAGAAUCGAUCGCGGCCUCGACCCACGUCUUUGCCUUCUCGUUCGGCGUCGGAGUGGGCGAAGAACUCGGCGAAUGCACGGGGAUCGAAUCCAAAGGCAACUUUGAUGAAGACGAAGUCAGUUUUUGCGAUAUGUGUUCGGCGCGCAAGACACUGCAGGCAAUCUAAUCAGCUCCCAGUUUUCUGGCACAGUUAUUCGAAGCGCAAGAAGUGGCCCAAAAGGCUUGCCAGGCCGUGCUCGCUUUCGUUCGGAAGAGCAUCGAGUCCAAGUACGCCGAGUCUCAGGUGGCCGCAACCAAACCGAACAAAAAGAACAAAACCAAAGACCGCUCCGAAGCAAAACCGAAAGAGAAGCCCGGGCCGGAACUCGAUGGGAUGGAUACCGAGUAA